CAACGGUCACACCACACUGACAAAAAAAAAAGUUUCCAUUUUGAUAUCAAAACAAAACAGCUUUUCGUAGAAAAGCCCAUAUUACACGGCGAUGAACGCAACGCCAGGUACACCUGCCACACCGGGAACGCCCGGAACUCCCGGCAGCUUGGCCAUGGAAGUGGCCCGCGUCCAGAAUUCGGCGCUGGCCGAGUUCAAGAAGCCCACGGCGUUGGUGCGCCACAAGAACAAGCCGAAGAUCCUCACGGAGGAGAAGUACAUCGAGGAGAUGUCCAAGAUCAUCCAGCGCGACUUCUUCCCGGACCUGGAGCGACUGCGGGCCCAGAACGACUACCUGGACGCGGAGUCGCGGCGGGACUUUGUCCAAAUGGCCGAGAUUCGGGAGCGCUACAGUCUGGGCAGGAUCCCCGGAACGGGAAGAAGCGCCAGUCGGAGGAACAAUCAGCGGAACACUGCCAUGUCCCCGGCCACAUUUGAGACGCCAGUUAGCCAUGCCGGCGGCAGCAAUACUCCAUUGCCCAAUUCCCGGGCCACAGACACCCCCUUUUCCACAACCAGCUCAGAGAAGAGCGGCGCCGAGGGCGGGGACUCCACCUCAAAGCUCUCCCUCGACGCCUUUCUGCAGAACUACACCAGCGAGGAUAACCAGAGCUUCCAGGAGAUUAUCGAAACGGCGGAGGCCAAGCUGCGCCAGAAGUACGCCGUGCUAUACAACCACGAGAAACUCUCCGCCGAACAACUGCAGCGCGCCCUAAUGCUGCCCAGCAUAGAAAAACAAUUUGAAGAACCAGAUCCGCUGCGGAAGAUCGAAACCUGGAACUACACCAACAUGAACUCGAUUAUGUAUGUGCCCGAUGGCGUGGAAUAUACGGAGGAGGAGCGUGUCCAGCUGGCGGAGCGUAAGCAAAGUAUUCAGCACAAUGCCACCAGGCUGCCAGAUGAAGCCCAACACCAAGAAAUGGAGGGCAAGAAGUCCGAUGAAGUGCCCGCCAAUGGGACCAGUGAAUCCACGGCCACUCCCAAGAUACGCGGAUUCGAUCUUCUGCGUUCACCCUCACCACGACCCGGAGAGGCCUUCUCGCCCAUCAUGACCUGGGGUGAGAUCGAUGGCACUCCAUUUCGCCUGGACGGAGGAGAUACCCCCUUGCGGCCCACCCAGGGACCCUCGUUCCGGAUUAAUGAGAACUCUAGGCGCGAAACCAUCGCCAUCGCCUUGGCCGAGAAAGUCAGCGAGAAGAUGCGCAAUCAGAAGCAAAUGGCUUUGGAUACGGCGCGUCGAAAUAUUGGCUCCCCACUGAUACGCACCAAUAUGGAACGUCUGGCCAGCAUGUCGCCGGCAGCCCAAUUGCUGGCCACGGGGAAGCUGGGUCUCCGAGGAACGCCCAGAUUAUUGCACACACCAUCUCCGCUGAGCGCCAGGAAGCGCAAAAUAACGCCCGGAGUUGUGAGGAACACCCACACGCCACUGGGACAACCGAAACAGCAGCCGGGCAGGGUCAGCACUCCAGUCAAGAGCUCCACCAUUGAUACGGGCUCCACGCUCACGGAUGAUCUGCUCAAGAUACCCACAAAGCGACGCUCUGCAGCUGAUUUCUUUUAGCACAUACUGCCUACCUGUUUCAUGUUUAGUUUCAAUACAAUACCUCAUAAUCU